AUGGUCACCAAAUCAAAGGCUCGCAGCAGAUUCAGGGCCCCAAAAUCCCCGGAAGAAAUCGCUGCCCUCCAAGAACAACGCAGGCUGAAGAAGGAAGCAGAUGCAAACAAGCCUCCGCCUAGUACACCAGGUGCUGCUUUGCUGGAACGAGCAUGGAUCCCUUUUACCGUUGAGGGCGAAUCUAAUCUUGACCUCAAGAUUCUAACGUGGAAUAUCCUCGCGCAAUGUCUCGUUCGGAGGGAACUCUUUCCAACAAGCAACUGCCUCAAAGUCGGUCAAAGAGAGCCAAUGAUCCACCAAGAAAUACAAAGACUUGACGCGGAUGUACUCUGUCUUCAGGAAGUGGAUAGAAUGGACAAGCUGGGACCUAUGCUGGAGGCCGCGGGAUACUCUUACCGAUAUGCUACCGGGCCUAAGAAGCUUCACGGGUGCUUGAUUGCGUUCAAAGCGUCCAAGUUCGUCUUCGACGAGGAGAAGGUCGUCUAUUACGACGAUGAAGACGUGCGAUCCGAAGGCGGUGAAGCACACAGGCGGGGCAAGUCCUUUCAGACGCGGAACAUCGGUCUGAUCGUGGCAGUCAAGAGAAAAGAAAAUCCUGUUCAUGGAGUUAUCGUUUCCACUACGCAUCUGUUUUGGCAUCCACGACAGGCGGGAAUCCUCGUAAGGGAAGUCGCCAGAUUCAAGGCGAUAGAUCUUGGCCGUCAGAAUUGGCCAUGCAUCAUGGCCGGAGAUUUCAACUUUCCACCCGACGAUCCCGGCUACUCGCUUCUCACAGGAUUCCCCCUCCUACCCGGGCAAAAGGACCGCCUCCUUCCCUCCUAUGUCGUUCACAGGACCGUUGACCCGUCGAUCGCGCAAGACCAGCCCCAGGUGGCUGGUGACACGGAGGAAGGCGGGGAAGCAGAAGCUGUGGACCCGGAUAGAGUCAUCACGAAUGCGCGUCCUGCGCAACCGUCGGAUGGUCUGUUAGCCACUGACGAACUUGUUUCGUUCCACGGUCAAAACCUUCGGGCUCGUAGUGCUUACGCUAUCGGAUCGAGAAACCAUCUCGCAACACUUUCAGAUCCUUCGAAAUCAGACAACCCCAUUUACGGCUCGCACAAUACUGUCCCUGAGGAUAGACCAGGGUACUAUGAGCCUAAAUACACAAGCUAUACCCAUUACUGGCAGAGUGUUCUUGAUUAUAUUUUUGUCCUCGGUGACAGCCAGUUCCAAGUCGCAGGAUUUCUUGCUGCAUUAGAAAAAGAAGCCCUCGAACCCGGGCUGCCACAAAAGGGCGUCUGCGGGAGUGACCAUCUCCCGCUCGUUACACAGCUCAAGUUCGCGGUUUGA